UUGAAGCGGAAGAAAGGAGGAAGACGGCGCUGGCCGCCACUGUCCCGUUGGUGCUCAUAGCCCUCGCAAUCGUCAUUGUCCUCGUCAAAUUCAGAAAAGCCAAAUACACCCAAGCUGCCAAGUCUGAGCAAUCCUCCUCCGAGAGCGCUCCCGAGGCCGUUUCUCCUACCACCGAGACCCCUUUAGCCGAGCCGGCUCCCGAGUGAGACGCCUUUUCACGGCACUGGAAGACGAUCAAGAUGUUCCAACGCAAGCGCGAAAAGAACUUAUGGGAUAAAAUUGAUAUAUCGAGGAGAAUGAUAUAUCGCAGGCUGCACGGCAGAGGCACCUUCAUUUCUCAGGUUGUGGGGGCCAUUCUAGUGGCCAGGUUGCAGGGACAAAGAAUGUUCUUGGGUGUAUGUAUAUAAAUGUUAGGGAAAUUGAACAACAUUUUAUUUGAUGUUUCCUCAUACAUUAAUUCCAGAUGAAACUGUUCUAGUGAUCAUUCAUUGUAUGCUGCACAGUUCUUGUGCUUUUGAACUGACUGUAUGCGAGGGCGUAAGUUUGCUUAGGGAUGGUAGGGACAUAACACUAGCAACUUUUCAGAAUGCUCAAAUUGCCCGGCCCAAGCCAGGAUUAACACACCCUCUUUUAGCCUGUUUUUCUUGUUUUAUUAUUAUUAUCAUUUUUAUUUAAAAAAACAAGGUGUGUGAACUGAAAAGCCUCGUCCAGCCUCCUCUUGCUGUUGUCUCAGGGGCAGAACUAACCUGCGGGUCGUUACAAUAUCACCAGGACACACCACCCCAAAAGUCCCCAAAUGACGUAAUAUGACCAGGUCCAGGACACGCCCCCCAAAUGUUCCCAAAUGACUUGGUAUGGUCCCCCAAAUGUCCCAAAAUCAACAGGGAGUGACCUGAUAUUGUCCCCGAAAUGUCCCCAAACUAAACUGAGCGGGGCUAAGAUCUGUAUAUCCACACAGCACAGCACCAGAGUAAUUUCUCCACAAAUUGCAGUUUCUAGUUGUUGUUAUGCUAUGCUUUUACAUGUCAUACGAUGCUUUUACAUUUACUUGGCCUCCUGGAUCCCUUAAUUUGAAAUACAGCAAUCUUCAUCAUUCACAGAAGGACUCCCUGGGACUGGAAUAUUCGGUAUUUUAUGAAUAAAGUGUGGUCAUGGUGACCCAACGAAACACAGCUUUUCAAGUCAUCCAGUGAAAACUCUUCUAGUUUUUUAUAUCGCAAUAUGUAUCGCCAGUGCUUAAUUUGUAAAUCAUAUGGUGCUGGAACGCAAAGUACAUAUGACAGCGCAGGGAUGACUACAGACGCACAGGUCCCGGAACACAGGCAAAAGCUGGUGUCGAAAACAAGAUGCAAAUGCCCACUUGCCAUGCUGUGGGACUGACAAGCCUCAAUUUCAGAUAAUAUCCAUGGUCCAUUGGACAUCUGCUAAUGAUAAACUCAAUUCAUAUUGCAGAAGAAUGAUGAAAAAGCUUGUGUUUUAUGUUUAUUCUUUGUAUCGUAAAAUAGUGUAGAAAUAUUUCCUGACCCAUGUAUCGAUAAUUGUUAUAUUGCCACAUGGAACUUUGUAGCGAAUCCCCAGAGGUUCCCACCCCUAAUAGUAAGUUUGCAGUAAUUUCGUAUUAAAGGAAAAUAAAUUGUUGAUAUUUAAAAAAAAUAUAUAUAUUUUUAAAAACCUCACACCAUUCCAGUAUCGGCAUCAUUUCGUUUCGUUAUUUAAAGUGUUAAAGUAGGUUCCCGCCCAUUCGUGGUCACGUGAUUUCCCAGAAAGGCUUAGUUGGCGAAAGUGAAAGCAAAUUAACGUUAUAACCCAGCUUAGGUAAACGCUUCGAACACUUUGUCUGAUAUUCGAGGGUCGACGUCGGACUGAGAAGGAGGCAAAAAUGUGCAAGAUGAAGGAGUUAGUGGCACUUUUGCUUGUGGCUGUGCAAAUUCAAAACGUCAAGCCCAUGAUUCACACGCUCAAGUAUAUCCAGACUGUGUCGUCUCGAAUUCCAAGCUUCCCAGAGUACUUGGAGGUGGGUUAUGUUGACGGUGUUCAGAUUACACACUACGACUGCAAGAGCAGGAAAUAUCGACCCAAACAGGAGUGGAUGAACAAAAUCACAGUUGAGGAUCCGGACUACUGGGAGAGAGUUACACAGAUCAAUAUUCACGAGGAGCAGGUCCACAAAGUCAACAUUGAAACUGCUAAAGAGCGCUUCAACCAAACUGGAGGUGUUCACAUGUUCCAGGUGAUGUAUGGCUGCGAAUGGGACGAUGAGACCGGCGAGGUGGACGGUUGGCAACACUACGCUUACGACGGAGAAGACUUUAUAUCGUUUGAUUUGAAGGGACUGAGGUGGAUCGCGGUCAAGCCGCAAGCUGUCGUCACCAAACACAAGUGGGAACAAUCAGACAAUCUUAAGCAAUGGAAGAAGCAUUACAUGACUGAGCUUUGCCCUUCCUCCUUGAAGAGACACGUUCACAAUGGGAGGGACUUCCUCAUGAGAACAGAGCUUCCGCGGAUCUCCCUGCUGCAGAAGACGUCGCGGUCGCCAGUGACCUGCCACGCCACGGGUUUCUACCCCAGGGAGGCCGCCCUGUUUUGGAAGAAGGACGGCGAGGAGCUCUUUGAGGACGUGGAGAUGGGCGAGACCCUCCCCAACCACGACGGGACCUUCCAGACCACCGCCGUCCUCAAAGCGUUGGACGCCGACGCCAAGUACGAGUGCAUCUUCCAGCCGGCCGGCGUCCCGGAGGACGUCAUUGUCCCACUGGACCACGCGAAAAUCCUGAGCAACGAACGCAUUGAAGCGGAAGAAAGGAGGAAGACGGCGUUGGCCGUCACUGUCCCUUUGGUGCUCAUAGCCCUCGCAAUCAUCAUUGUCGUCGUCGUUUUCAAAUUCAGAAAAGCUAAAUACACCCAAGCUGCCAAUUCUGAGCAAUCUUCCUUCGAGAGCGUUCCCGAGGCCGCUUCUCCUACCGCCGAGCCCCCCCUUCAGCCGAGCCCGCUCCCGAGUGAGACCCCUUCACAUGGUGUUGGAAGAUGAUUGCGAUGUUCCAACGCAAGCACGAAAAGACUGGAUUUCUUGUCCAAUUGGGCCAUUUGUGUCAUGUGGACUUUUGUGCUUGAUUUGGUGUUUUUUAAGAUCCAAUUGAUGCAUCAAUUAUAAUGAUAUGUUGUAAGCUUGAGAACGAUAAACCGAUACGACCGGAUAUCCGGUUUUCCAGGUGAGACAUACAGAUGUAUCGACAGUAAAGUUACCAUUCAACAGUAAUUAGCCAUUAAAUAUUCAAUGAACCGAUAGUAGAGAUAGAAUUCGGCUAUCGCGAGCGCAAGAAUCCGCUUCUAAUGCCUAGUUCAAUGCAUUGCUUAAUAUGAUAAUAAUUUAGCUUUUACUUCACAUGCUGCGCUUGUGUCAUUCACCACACAGCGCACUUAGAUCGAGACCGCACGCAUGAUAUAAUAUGGACAAGCACUACUCACAGUCGUGGUUGCCACAAGUUACUUCCCAUGCAUUUCGGCAGAACCGCUACUAGUCGCCGUCAUUACCCGAUCGUCACGGGCAUGUCAUAACAACGCGAGAGCUAACGAAACCACUGUCACGCACGCUCCGUAGCAUUUUCUUCACAGCCCAAAAUGAAACUAGUUGUGGCAACGAAGCAACAUGCUAAAAACAAUGGAGAAUGUGAUCACCGACGCCAGCGACGCGCAGCGAUUGAUUUUCAACGCACCCAGGAAAACAAAAGUCCGACUUCGAAGUGAUGAAGGCAGCCAGAUCUGUUCGCAUGGGACAGAGCUUGUGUGAAGUGUGGAGCGGUACAGAGAUUGUGAGUUUUUAACCCUGAAAAAUAACCCACUACAAUGGUGGAAAGGGCGGCAUAUUGUUUCCACGAAACACAGUCUUCUUAAAUAUGAACAUGUGGAUUAGUUGAUCUUCCUCAAGAAAAAUCUGCCCUUCAAAAAAGAUAUGGACAGUGAUGAGGAAUAAAAAAAUGAGGAAGCACAGGCAUGAGUGAAUGACUUUGCUGUGUAUUAGGUUAAAGUAAUGAUUAUUGACCUGUCUGUCUAAAAUGCCAUGUUUUUAUUACCCCAAUUAUACCAGUGGUAAAGCAUAAUGUAUUAUUUAUUUAUGAUAACACUAGCAGGUUUAAUUCUUUUUUUUUUUUUCUAGAGCUGCUGCAUAUAAUUGAUGUUUACGUUGAAAGUUUGCACUUAAAUUACUUACCUCUUGUGUUCAAAACACCAGGAAAUACCUUAAUUGAAUGACUGCACUUUAUUGUUGUCUGUCACUUGAGUUUUAUUUUAUUAUCAAUCCCAUCCAACAAAAUGACGGUCAUAUAGUAAGCCUUAUUUAUUUUAAUUUUUUUCCAUAAAAAAAUAAAACAUAACAUUGGUAUGAAAUUUUGUUGUUUAAUUUUGCUAUAUUAGAAACGUGGUCUUUUUAUAUGUUUAAAAUACUGUACAAACACAACAAAUAUUUACGAUCGUAUCGUUUUCGCUCUAUCGAACCGUAUCGUUCUUACACUGUAUCGAAUCGCUCGGCCUUAAAAAUGUAUCGUUUUUUAAUCGAAUCGUAACCUUUGUAUCUAGAUACAUAUCGAAUCGGCUUCAUGCCAGAGAAUCCCAACCCUAGUUGUAAGGUUUAGGGCAGAGGCACCCCACUUCUUAGGUUGUGGGAGCCAUUCUGUUGGCCAGGUUGCAGGAACAAAGAAACUUCUUGGAUGGAUAUAUAUAUAUAUAUAUAUGUUGGGGAAAUUGUACAUGUUAUUUGAUGUUUCCUCAUACAUUAAUUCCAGAUGAAACUGUUCCAGUGAUCUUUAUAUGUGGCACAGUUCUUGUACUUUUGAACUGACUGUAUGCAAGGGCCUAGGUUUGCUUCGGGAUGGUAGGGACAUAACACUAGCAACUUUUCAGGAUGCUCAAAUUGUCCCCGCCAACCGUAUUUGCAUUAUAUCAUGACUUCAGUUAUAUACUGUAGGUCAUUUAGAUUGUCUUCCCAUAUGUUGUAAGGAUAGAAUUGACCCUACCAUAACAACGUGAAUUAUUUUUAUUGUGUUCGGACUUAGAUUUAACCUUUUUUUCAAACACUAAAUGUGGCAAUCCAUGUUUUUUUUUCCUCAAACGCACAUUUGAUUGGCUGAUGACUUGAACCUCCACAUACACACAGCCCCGACAGAAAUACAACAUGUCGACAACAUACCGCCUCCUCUGUCCCCUUUGAAGUGUCGGGACAUUCGAUUUUUUUUUUUUUUUUUUUCCGGGCAGCAGGAGAAGCCACUGUAAGUCAUGUCAAAAGACGUCAAUGUUGUGGAGGUGGGGAAAACGCCACUAAUUUUGCUUCUGAAAGUCUGACCUGCAUCAGAGGUAACAUAACAUUAAAUUGUGUGAAUUUUCUAACCUCCAAAAUUCGAGUAGGAGGCUGCUUAGAGAGGUGUCCUGUAUGUGUUUU